UCAGUGUUGCUAUCAUGCCCAUUUUUGUUCAAUAAAUUGCCGACCAAAAUUGUAUACUUUUUUUUCAAAAUUUACUGUAUUAAGAUUUAUUGGCAAUGUUGUGGUUAAAAUGUGCCUAAAUCGUAACGUGUGGUGGCCAACAAACGCAAAACGUUAUCCAACGUGCGCGAGCGUUUCGAACAGCUGUUGAGGUCUGGAAUCGCCAGAGCGCAAAGAAAAUAGAAGAAAAGAAAAAAACACAACAAAAAAAAAAAACACAAAAGUGCCAGCCGAAACUUUUGCGGAGAGCGCGAGAGAAGUUGUUGGCCAAAGCUUUUUAGCCUGUCGUCAUCGUGAACCCUAAGGGUCGUCGUCGUCGUCGUCGUCGUCGUCGUCGUUGUUGCCGUUGCCGUCGUCGUCGUCGUCUCAGUCGAACGGGCAACGAAGUUGCAUACGCAACAAAUUUUCUGGUCAGCGGGUCGCGGCUGCUGUUUGUCGUGUUUUGUUUUUGGUUCGUGGCAACGGCAGAGGCCAAAGCGUAGCUUGUGUUUUUGUUUAUGUACACAGAGUCGCAUUGAUACACACGGGUAUACACGCACACACCCUAACGCACACAAUCAAAAGCAUAACGCCCCACACCUCUGCGCGAGUGUUCUGUGACGUCACAAAUUUGAUCGCGCCUGCCAAAUUGAAUACGAACAACAACAACAACAACAACAACAAAGAUGACACACUGUCGCGGCACCUUUAGGCAUUUGGUGCGCCAUUGCCAUUUGCAGUCCAAGCUGCCAGCGGUCAUCGGCAGCUGCAACAGCCGCAGAUUCACCCGCCUGGCCACAUACAGCAACAGCAGCAGCAACAGCAGCAAAUACAUCAACAGCCUGCAGCAGCGUCUGGUGGCAAGUAGCCGUUGCUACUCCAAGUUUAGCACACACCUGAACAGCGAGCGGGCGAUGGAGCUGCUGUGCAAUCUGGACGAGGACGAGCGUCUCAAUUUGCGCGAUGCCAUGUGCAAGCUGGAGGCGGAUUUGGUGAAGAAACAGUUCGAAAGCCAACUAGCUGUUGGCAGUUGGCGGACGCGCUUCGGACGUCUUUCCAAUAAGGUGGGCCAAGUGGAUCCGACCGGUACAUUUUGUGCGGUGCCCGAUGAGUGGCUGAAAAAGAAACUGGUGGAGGCGGCAGAACCGCCCACCGCUAGACAACUUUAUAGCAUUUUCUUUGUGAAUGCCGUGCCAUUUGUAGCCUUUGGAUUUCUUGAUAACUUCAUUAUGAUCAUGGCCGGUGAAUACAUAGAAAGUUCAUUAGGCCAUUUCAUAACGCUAUCGACAAUGGCCGCCGCAGGACUUGGGAAUACCAUAAGUGAUAUUAUGGGCAUUACCAUGGCCACAUAUGUGGAGGAAGGCUGUCAGCUGUUGGGACUCAAGCAACCACGAAUGACGCCCGCACAAUUUGAAUUGAAGUCAAGCAGGCGAGCCUCCAGUUGGGGACGCAUUAUGGGCAUCACAGUCGGCUGCCUAAUCGGCAUGUGCCCCUUGUGGCUGAUUAACGACGAACCGAAACCAACGGCUGAAAAUUAGGUUUUCCACAUUCAACAUUUAACUAGUGAAACAGUCAAUUCUAUGGAGUUUCUGUUGAGAUCGCAAUCCGAAUGCAAACUUUUGAUUUUAUUUCGAAAUUGAACAUUUUCUGCGGAGAAGAUUCCCGUAACUUGAAUAUUUAUAUUGAUUUCAUUAAAGUUUACAACUAUAUUAAGUUCACGCGAUGUAAAAAAAAACUAAUGUGACACUCAAAGUACCUACUAAUUAAAUACUAUUAACUCCGCCUAGUAACAUUAAGAUUCAAUAUCAAUAUUAUGUAAUUUCAAGUUUGCACUGAUUCUGACUGCAACUAAAAA